UUUAACUUUCUGUUUUUUUCCAGUCAGGUCAAUUCAGUGAAGAUAUGAUUCCUACUGUGGGCUUCAACAUGAGAAAAGUUACAAAGGGUAAUGUUACAAUAAAGAUUUGGGAUAUAGGAGGGCAACCACGAUUCCGAAGCAUGUGGGAACGAUAUUGCAGAGGAGUUAAUGCUAUUGUCUACAUGGUAGAUGCUGCAGAUCGUGAAAAAAUAGAAGCCUCUCGAAAUGAGCUGCACAACCUUCUAGAUAAGCCACAGUUACAAGGAAUCCCUGUUCUAGUACUUGGAAAUAAGAGAGACCUUCCUAAUGCUUUGGAUGAGAAACAGCUAAUUGAAAAGAUGAACCUUGCUGCUAUUCAGGACAGAGAAAUCUGCUGCUACUCAAUUUCUUGCAAAGAGAAAGAUAAUAUAGAUAUCACGCUUCAGUGGCUUAUUCAGCAUUCAAAAUCUAGAAGAAGCUGAAGUCUUCCUGGAAUCUCCAGUACCAGUUGGCCAUAAUCUCAGUUGUCCACUUCCCUCCAUAAUGAGAUAUUAUCCAAAAAUCCUGUAUCAAGAAUCUGCCUUUUCAUGGUUCAUUUCUCAUGUGCACUGCUGAAGACUUGUAUUCCUAUUCUGUCACAAAACAACUAGAGUUGUCAUGAUAAAGUCAGCACAAAUAUUUAUUUUACAACCAUCUGUGGUGGGAGGGUUGUGGGGGGUCUUUUUAAAAAAAAAAAAAUCUCUCUACCAUGUUAACUAUGAUGGUACACUCUGUUCUGGUUUUUCAGGGCCAGGUUUUUAUAUGAUUUUCAGCAAGUGUUUUAUUUCUAGUGUUUAGUGGCUUGAAGAUGCUGAUGCUUGACAGCAUUAAGAUUCUGUAAGAUGCCACAUACCGUAGUUAGAAAACAUUUAAGCGUGAGUUGUGGGAUACUGAUUUAUCUCACAAAUGCAUGUGAUGUGUGUAUGUAAGCAGAGAAAUGGAAACUGUUUGCAGAGGGGAGCACAAGGCAUAGAUCAGCAUCACUAAUCUACAGCUGAGAUCUUAUCCUGUCACUUGAAAAAGAAAACUCUCAUGAUGAAUUAGGAGAGAGUCAACUGUUUAAAAUCAUUUUGUUGCUUCUGUUUAACAUUUGUGUGGGGGAUGGGAAUGGACUGUUCUGUCAAGCUUUCAAAAAUUGGAGUAUUCCAGCAUGAAAACAAAUUGCUAGGAACAUCAGACUUUGUUCAAAUACAUCUUUCUAUCUACAGAUACUAGUGGUCUCUAUCUGAAACCAGAACACACAUUCUGAGCAGCUGCAUGACACUUAAAUUACUGAUGUUUUCGUAUAGAGUCAGUCGUUGACCUUUAGCACAAUAUCUAUGUAAUUGUGUAGUGUCUCUCCUGCUCAUGAAAUGGCUGGGCACAGUUUCACCUGGUGCUAUGGAAUAUCUAGGCUAUUGUGACAACUCUAGACCUGCCUGCUUUCUUGAUGUAACCAUGUGCAAAGUCUGUAAGUUGCGAGAUGAAAUGUUCUACUGUGUCAAAGCACAAGAGAGCCAACAGAUUGAUCCUGUUUCUUGACUAGCUCCUACAGUAUAGGGAAGUAUAUAUGAACUAAAGAUUGUAAUGUUUUUGUAGCUUUACUUUCUCAAUGACUUCAGUAUAUUUAAAGGGACAGACUUGUUGAGACUGGUUUGUUCAUACAGUAAUGUCAGUGUAGCUUACUAGUGUAUGCAAAUACAUGGUACACCUGCUUGUGUUGCCUCACACUGUGUGUGAUUCUUCACCUAAAUGUAGUUUGCAUUAUGUCGGAGUCUUUGGUUGGAAAAACUGUUUAGUCCGUAUCAGUUACGACAAGCCAGUUUUAAUUUAGACUGCCAUGGCCUUACUGUUCUGUACCAACUAUUGCACUGUUGCACAGACACUACGUGCUGCCUGCAUUCAGUCUGAACUUGCAUUUUAACUUUUUGUCCCCUUUCAGUUCUCUGAAGCAUGAUUUCAAUUAAUCCAUACUCUGGUGCUGUAGAGGAGAGGGUAUAUUAACUUGCUACUGUAGUCCCUAGUUCACCAGGAACUGCUACAGUUACUUUUCUUUAGCAAACUUGCUUGUGCCUAAAAUAAGGAAACUAAACUAGAAUGUGUGAAUCUUUGUGGGGGACCAGGUCACUGUUUAGUUAACUGGCCUAUAGCUAAAGUUGAUGUGUUUGGUGUUUAUAUACUUCACUGCUUUCAGCGUUUAUGGCAUCCAAACACUACCGAUUGUUAACCUGUGCAUUACUCUCUGCAUGUGAACAACUUAUACAAUUACUGAACUUUGUAAAUACGUGAAUUUUUUUAUUUAGGUGGAUGCAUAUGUUGGUUUACUGCUCUUCAGCUUUAUUCAAUAAACUUAUGUUUUGAGGGUUG